AUGGAUAAUUUAAAGAAUUUAGAGUCUGAUAAUAAUAACAGUGGUGGGGUUAGUCCAACUUCAGUACCUGGAGUACCUGAUGCAAAUACUGCUGAUGUUUCUGAUGAUCUUAGCAUGAAGAAUGAUGAAGAUUUAUUUGGCGAACCCAUAGAAGAAGACCAAGACCAAAAACAAGAACUGCCGCUGCCGUUGGAAAAAGAAUCAGAGCAGCAUCAAGUACAAGAGCAAGAUCAACAAGAUCAAUACGAUCAACAAGAUCAGCAAGAUCAAGAACCACAACAAGAUCAACAAGAUCAAGAACCACAACAAGAACAACAAGAGCAGCAAGAUCAAGAACCACAACAACCAGAAAAGGAACAGCAAGAACAGCAAGAACUUCUGCAACUAGGACAACAGCAGCAGAAUCAAGAACUUCUGCAACAAGAUCAAGACCCGAGAAAUAUUGAGCUUCCGAGUAAAGAAACAGGUUCACAGGAUGAAGAUCGAAUAAAAGAUAAAGAUGAUAAUAUUGAAGAAAAUAAGGCUGCCGAAGCUAAUCCUCAAGUGGAAAGCGAGCCUGAUGUAAAAAUAGAGAACGAAGAAAGUGUUAGUGGUGGUAACAAUGGUGACAAAGAUGAAAAGGUAGAUGAGAACGAGAAUCAAAAAGAACACGAAAACGAAAACAAUGGAAACGAUAAUAAUACUUACAAUAAUAAUAACGGCGUUAAUAAUGAUAAUACUAAUCAAAAUAAUCAAAAUAAUGGUAACGAUGCUACUAAUAAUCAUGGUAACGAUAAUGGGGUCAACGAAAAUGGGGAUAAGAGUGAAGAGAAACCAUCAGUAGGAAUCGAGCAAGAAAAUGAGGGAAAACAAUCCAAAAAUUCUUUAGAGCAGUACCCUCCACCACCACCAGCCUCAGAACUAUCUAAACCUGCUGUACCUACGACGGCGCCUCCCACUAACGCAACGAAAACUACGACGCAUCUGACAGCAACAGAUGAUAAUGAUUUGGCUGUCCCUCAGUCCCAUGAAAUUGUAAUUCCCAAUUAUGCCAAAUGGUUUAAUUUAACUAAAAUACAUCCAAUUGAGAAACAAUCAUUACCAGAAUUUUUCACCAAUAGAAUCCCAUCAAAAACACCACAGGUAUACGUUAAAUCUCGUAAUUUUAUGGUUAAUUCCUAUCGGUUGAACCCAAACGAAUAUUUUAGUGUUACCACUGCUAGGAGAAAUGUAUGUGGUGAUGCCGCUGCCGUAUUUCGUAUUCAUAAAUUCCUCAUGAAAUGGGGGUUAAUAAAUUAUCAAGUGGAUGCUCAACUAUUACCGAAAAGUGUCGAACCACCAUUCACUGGUGAAUAUUCCACUAGACAUGAUGCUCCUAGGGGGCUGUUCCCAUUUGAAAGUUAUAAACCAUCUGUACAACUACCUGACAUGGCCAAACUGAAAAAAAUGAUGGAUACAGAUGAUUCCAGUAGUGCUCUUCAUAAAUAUCUAAAGGAGGAAAAGCGUAAAUCUCAAUCAGCGAUUACCAGUAGUCCCGAAAUCAAGGAUGAAGAUAAAGAGAAAGGUCGCACGAACGAAGAUAAUGGGGAGGAAGAACCUGUGGAAAAUCCACACGGAGCCAAAAGACCAAAGGUUGUCAAGGCUAGUACCAACGUAGAUGACGGUUGGCAAGAAAAUGACGUAGAAAAAUUGUUAAAAGGUAUUCAAAUGCAUGGAUCCGAGUGGUAUAAGAUUGCCAAAGAGGUUGGUAAUAAAACUCCCGAGCAAUGCAUCUUAAAAUUCAUACAGAUGCCCAUUGAAGAUAAAUUCUUGCAUCGAAAUAGUGAAGACGGAUCCGAUUUGGGCUCACUCAAAUACGCACCUCAUUUACCCUUCUCGAAAAGCGAAAAUCCGGUAAUGUCCACCUUAGCAUUUUUAGUAGGACUUGUUGAUCCAAAAGUGGUACAACACAUGACGGAUAGAGCAUUACGAAAAUUAGAACCAAAGGAGGAAGAUAACAAAUCAUCAUUGUCACCAUCAGAACCACCACCACCACCUACUGCAAAAGAGGCUUCGCAAUUGGCAAUUUCCUCACUAGGGGUACGUUCUCAUGUAUUCGCCAACAAUGAAGAGAGACAGAUGACAUCCAUCGCACAUCAAAUGGCUCAAGUCCAAUUACAAAAAGUAGAAGUAAAACUGAAGUUACUGGAUAAAGUAGAAAAAUCCUUGGAAUUGGAGAAGAAAACUUUGCAAAGACAACAGGAGGACGUUCUUGUACAGAGAAUAUCACUCGCUAAACAUACCAAAAAUAUAUCACAAAAAUUAGAGGACUCCUUAACUUGUUUUGAAGAUAAGGAAAAACUCUCCAGAUAUGUGGAGGAGAUUAAGAGUUUAGUUUCUCAUCCACCGAAAUUAAGCAUUGGGUCUGCAUUUGCCAAUUCUGAAACAACGGCACAAUCAGGAAUUUCUACGAACAGGUCAGAGGAGGACGUAAAACCAGUAUCUGUCGAAGCUCCGCAAUCGUAUAGGUAUUGGUCUGCAUGA